UAUCACCGACAUCCAUUUCGAUCCUGCUUACUCAACUUCGAAUGAAAUGCGCCACCACCGUGUCCAUGGCCAUGGUACUGUUGGCCACUAUGGGGACUUCCACUGUGACUCUCCUGAGGCACUCAUCCGUUCUGCUUUGGAAGCCAUGGCCAAAGUAAAGCCUAACCCAGACUUUGUUCUCUGGACAGGGGAUAAUUCUGCACAUUCAGAAGACUCAACACUGCCUCAGGUCUAUUCCGAUAACCGUUUUGUGAGCAUCUUGCUGUCGAGGCACACAUUCAACAAGACAGUUAUAGUACCUGCUUUAGGCAACCACGAGUGCGUCCCGCCCAAUGUGAUGCCUCCUUCAAACUCUAGUUUCUACAGAGGUUUUCUCACACGAGGUGGAUAUGCGAAGCUUUUAGUGGGAGCCUCGACGGACACAUUUGAAAAGGGAGGCUACUAUAGCAGGCAACUUAAUAAGCACCUCCGAAUCUUGGUAUUGAACAACGUGUUAUGGUAUGCCGCAAACCAGAAGACUUGUAAUAUGCAUGAUCCAUCCGAUCAAAUGCAUUGGCUUCAAAAACAACUUGAAGAUGCACGUUCCUCGCAGCAAAAGGUUUUCAUCACUGGUCAUAUUGCUCCUGGUUUCAAUAAUCGAGCCAAUCCAGGACAGGUGGCAUUCCAGUUGUACCACAAAGAGCACAGUAUGAAGUUCAACAGCCUCAUGUCAGAGUAUGCUGAUAUUGUGGCUGGUCAGUUCUAUGGUCACCAGCACUCACAUGCCUUUGUGCUCAUCUCCAGUGGCUCAGGAUCAGUAUCAACAGCUGCUCACCUGUCGGGAUCUGUGACACCCUGGGGCAGCAUUCAUGCUAGGGCAGUCAACAUCUCCAUUCCUGUGAAUCCAUCGGUUAGGUUGUACAAAUAUGAUCGUUCAACUGGAAACUUGCUGGACUAUACUGUGUACUUCAUGAAUCUCACACAGGCAAAUGCUGAUUAUGAUCAGGCCAGGACCUCCAACGAAGCCGCCCAGCCAAACAUGCUAUGGCAGCCCUUAUACACAUUCACAACUGCUUACAACGUACCAGAUGCCUCUACAGCAUCUGUGCUUGCACUGUAUGCCAAGAUGGUUGCUGGAGAAGACGUCAUUGCACAAUAUGUGCGGUACACCACUUCCCUCAAGGACUUUGGGCCAUGCGAUGACUUCUGCAUCCGUGUCCACCUUUGCGCCAUUGGCCACACUGACACCAUGGAUUACCAGACUUGUAUGAACAGUGAUGUGACACGUGCUAAGGCACGGAAGCAAAUGUUCCACUUAGCAUCCAGCCCCCAAAAUGACACCAGUGACCGUAGCACGACAAUGCGUGAUGUAGCCAUUGGACUGUCUGUCUCAGCACUCAUUGUCGUCUGGAUCAUUUUGGCAGUGAGAGCAAAGCGUGCCAGCAUGAUGACUGGACCUCGGUAUGCGCAUUUCACAUGACAGGCAUACAAAAGGCAUAUAUUCAUCUGCACGGUACCCUACUGUGCGUUUUUAGGGAAAAGGGUGUGGGUGGGACAUCAUAGAUAGCAUUUCUAAAAUUGCACUUUGCUUUGCAGCAAGUUUUGCAGUGACUUGAUUGUGUGGGCAUUAUUUAGUUGAUAGGUUUCUCCUUGCAGGUGAUGACUUGUUCAAGUGUCUUAUUUAUAAUACCAUGCUAGUGCUUUUUAAGGUAAAUUUUUGCCGUCUGCAACACAGAAGCCAUAAACCAUACCGAUAAUGGGCGUCAGAAUGGGAAAUUGGCUAAUUGCAACUAAGAUGUGUACAUAACACUACAUACUUGUGCUGGCCUUAAUGUCAUCAGUUAUUCGAAAUAUAUCAAUAAACAUAGUUGCA